AAAACAAACAUUAAAAAUGAAUAACAUUUCAAAGGAAUACAUAUAAAAUAGGAAAAUAAACGAAGUGAAUGAAACGUAAGCGAGAAAAAAGCGAAAUAUACACAAGAAUCUAAUUAAUUUAUAUAGCGCCCCCCCUCCACAAGAUUGGAGCUUUUUUUGCCUUGUUUAAAUUCAGAAAAUUGAGCGAAAAAUAUUAUUCGAAAUGUCGCUGCCCGGUAAUGGAAUAUUUGUGGUGCGUGGUGAAAUGUCUACCUUAAUGACUGCGAUGCGCCGUGGUACUCGCUGGAGCUCACAUCUGUCAGCAUACGUGGAUGAAAAUAAAGACGGUCUCAUGAAAUUAUUUAUGGACUUAAAGCAAGAGUUAAAUCGCACGAAAGAUCUUCGUUCCAUAGAACCCGAUAUAUUUCUAGCGCCGUUCCUCGAAGUAAUACGAACAGAUGAAACAACCGGCGCUGUCACCAGUUUGGCUUUAUCCGCUAUCAACAAAUUUUUAUCUUAUGGUCUGCUUGAUCCCACUUCGAAAAAUUUGGCUAUUACUGUCGAAAAUAUAGUAGAUGCUGUCACUAAUGCACGCUUCAUGGUUACUGAUCAAUCUUCGGAUGGUGUUACGCUUUUUCAUAUAGUGGAAGUUUUGCAUACAAUAAUGCGCGGACCGGAAGGUUCGGUUUUAACGAACGAAGCUGUUUGCGAAGUUGUGAUAAGUUGCCUUAGAAUUUGCUUUGAUCAAAAGUACAAUGAAUUGUUAAGGCGCUCCGCCGAACAGGCACUCAAAGAUAUGGUUUUACUGCUUUUUAUGCGUUUACCACAAUUUUCUGAAGAUUCUAAAGACACGGGUCUAUCGAAAAAGGUGCAAAUGAUGACAGCUGCUAUCGAAAAAGACAACAAACAUACAACUUCUAAGAGAAUAAUAAAAAAUCAAACGAGUCCAGUAAAUGACUCCGAGCAUGAACAUAGUUUCAAGAGUUUUGAAUUAAGUGUCGAGGAGAAGGAAGAGGAGCGUAAAGUUUCAACAGUAUGCGAGCCCGAUAAAGAUUUUAAUAGUCCUUUUCACACGUUAGCAGAUGUUUCCACAAGUCCUGAAGCAAUUGCUUCUCAAUUGGAAACUUUGUCUUCGGCAGCAACGUUAGAUUUUCAAGCCGGGAAAAUAAUCGAUUUGCAUGAUGAGAUGAUGCAAGCCUCUGUAAAUGGGAAUGAAAUGAAAGAAAAUGUGAUUGCAGCAAGUAAUGAACAACAAUCCUCUGAAAAUAUGGAUAUAGGGAUGAGCACUAUGAAAUCUGAAGAAAAUCUUGAAGAAAAGUCCCAUUCACCCUUGGCGCCAGAUACGAGUACGAUUGCUAACAACGAAUACAUAAAUUCGGUUGGCGUUCGUUUCACUCAGCAAAACUCUAUGGAUAACUCUGAUGGUUUAGCUCCUUUGCUUCCUUAUGGAUUGCCAUGCAUACAGCAGUGUCUUCGCAUCUUGAUUACACUUUGUGAUCCUUUGGAUAAACAAAAUACCGAGCCUAUGAUGCAUAUGGGUCUUAGCUUAUUAACUGUAGCUUUCGAAGUGGGAGCCGAUAACAUAGGAAAAUAUGAAUCAUUACUCCAAUUAGUAAAAGACGAUUUGUGUCGCAAUCUGUUCGCAUUAAUGAACGUUGAACGUCUGUCUAUAUUUUCUGCCGAUUUGCAAUUGUGCUUUUUGCUUUUUGAAUCAUUACGCGGUCAUUUGAAAUUCCAGUUAGAGGCUUACUUGAAAAAAAUAUGUGAAAUAAUAGCCAGCGAUAAUCCUAAAACACCCUACGAAAUGCGUGAGCUAGCUUUGGAUAAUUUAUUGCAGCUUUGGCGCCUUCCCGGCUUUGUUACGGAAUUGUACAUAAAUUAUGACUGUGCUUUAUAUUGCUCCGACUUAUUUGAGAAUAUAACUAACCUUCUGUCAAAGUAUACUUUAUCGGCUACAACCGCAGUAUAUAAUACUCAUAUUAUCGCUAUGGACACUUUGCUGUCCGUAGUAGAUAGUAUUGAAAGUAAUUGUCUACCAAUCUGCGAUAACAGCGCCAUAAAUCCAACGCCAUUGCCUUCCAACAGGCAUUCACGACACAACUCCGAUUUAGAAAGCAUUGUUAUUGGCGACGUAAAUCCACCCGAAGAUUCUAAAGUGGAAAAUAUUUCCAAAUUUAUUAAUUGCGCGCCACGUUUAGGUUUAUCGCCAACCAGUAAUUCAACAUCUCAGUCGAUAACGCGGGAAUAUUUAGCGGAAAUUAAGCGCAAGAAAAAUACACUCAGACAGGGGACUGAAUUAUUUAAUCAGAAACCGCAAAAGGGUAUACAAUAUCUGCAAGAGCAUGGUAUCUUAAAGCCACGCUUGGAUCCUCGAGAAGUUGCGCUAUUCCUUAGAGAAAAUCCAGGAUUGGAUAAGAAAAUGAUCGGAGAUUAUAUAUCUGUUAAGAAGAAAAAGGAAGAUGAUCCCGACAUUCUUAUGAAUUUUGUAGAAACUUUUAAUUUUGUGGGUCUUCGGAUAGAUCAAGCGUUGCGUUUAUAUUUAGAAAGUUUCCGUCUACCGGGAGAAGCUCCUCUAAUAUUUAUGGUGUUGGAGUAUUUCGCAGAUCAUUGGCAUAAACAAAAUGGGGAACCUUUUGCCAAUAAUGAUGCAGCUUUUAAAUUGGCCUAUGCUGUUAUUAUGCUAAAUAUGGAUCAACACAAUUUAAAUGCUAAACGUAGAAAUCAACCGAUGACUCAAGAGGGAUUCCUUAAGAAUUUACGAGGCCUUAAUGGAAAGGGCGAUUUCAAUCAAGAUAUGCUGGCUUCGAUCUUUAAUUCCAUUAAGAACGAAGAAAUUGUUGUGCCGGCUGAACAAACUGGUUUGGUGCGCGAGAAUUACUUGUGGAAAGUUUUGUUGAGACGGGGCGUGGGUCCAGACGGCACCUUCAGCUAUGCCCAAGAUUCCAAUUAUGAUAUGGAAAUAUUUAAAAUUAUUUGGGGACCUUCUCUUAGCGCAUUAAGUUUCAUGUUUGAUAAGAGUAGCGAUAAUGGUUAUCAACGUACUUUAACUGGUUUUACGAAAUGUGCUGGAAUUUCUUUCUAUUAUGAUCUACAUGAGGAUUUUGAUGCUCUCGUCUUGACUUUAUGCAAAUUUACUACACUUUUGCCGUCGGCCCAGCAAGAAGUUACCUCUCCUACCUUUAAUGAAAUUGUUCAAGCGGUGAAUUUUGGAUUGAAUCCGAAAGCCCAAGCAGCUAUGCGAACUGUAUUCGCUUUGGUUCACGAUUAUGGCGACUGUUUGCAUGAAAGUUGGCGUCAAAUAUUGGAAUUAUAUCUGCAAUUAUUCCGUUUGAAGUUGUUGCCGAAAACACUGAUGGAAGUAGAAGAUUUUUGUGAGCCGAGUGGCAAAACGCAGCUAAUUUUGGAGAAGCCUGCUCAAAAACAAGAAUCUGGUUUAUUUUCUAGUUUGUAUUCUUAUCUCUCGUCGGACGGUCAACGUGAGCCUUCAUUUGAGGAACGAGAAUGUAUAAAAAUUGCUAAAAAAUGUAUAAAAGAGUGUCAACUGGAUCAGCAAUCUACAUUCGUGCAUCUAAAAUCGUUACAAGAACUUAUAAAACAUGUUCUAGCCUUUUUAAAAGCUCCAUCAGUGCACAAGUCAAUCAGUUUGCCUUAUGCCGAGGAUGUUGUCGUAUUUUGGAUGGAGUUUUUAGUGAAGAUCGUAAUCUAUAAUCGAGAUCGCAUGAUUCCACUUUGGACGCCAGUAAGAGAUCAAAUGUAUUUAUUGUUGAUGGGAGGAGCUUCAUGCAGUUAUGAUUACUUGCUAGGGCGUGGUGUAGUAGCUUUACUUAAACUGGCUAUAUAUUUAAUGUGUAAUGAAGAAUUAUGCCCUUCGGUCUUGGAUUCAUUGAAAAUGUUACUGAUGUUGAAACCCGCCGUAAUUCUACGGAUUUCGAAGCAAAUAUCCAUCGGAAUGUAUGAAUUACUUAAAACUUCUGCCCAUAAUAUACACACGAAACAGGAUUGGCAGAUAAUAUUUACUCUUCUGGAAUGUGUAGGUGCAGGAGUCGAACCGCCAGAUAUUGAAGAUGCUACUCUACCCAUUCCUAAUGGUUUCAGUGCCAAAUCAGAUGGCGCUUUGAGUAGUGAGGAUGAUUCCGGUUUACCUGAUAGAGGUUAUACAUCUGACUCGGAAAUUACGAAUAAACAAAUGGUACCUAAAGAAAAGCUCCAACCUAAUUCAAAUACAAGCAGCCCUUUUCCAUCAAGUCCCGCUAGUGAAAAUUGGAUUUUAAUCAAUAAGGAUACUGAUUUGAAUGCUUUAUCAAGGCCUCAAUCCCCUCCUACAUCGAGCUUAAACGGGUCAAUUCCUUCUCUUAAUGGGCUUGUAUACAACUGUAAACUAUCCGAACACUCUCCUCUUGCGCUGUUUAAAUGUUGGGAUACCUUAGCAUUUAUUGUGCGUAACGUUGCUCAUAUAACUCCAUACAAUUUUGAGUCGUGCGUACGAUGCAUACGCACUUUUGUGGAGGCAUGUCGUGACGGCGGAUUCAAGCAGAGAUAUAAAAACGAGUUGGCCGCAGCCUCGGGUUGGCAACAGAAAAAGAGAAACUCUCAUAAAAGGCAAGAACGCUCAAAUGAGCGACGUCAUUUGACUGCGCAAGAAUUUGGAAAUUACGAUCAACGCAUCGAUUGCGAGGAGAAUGAUGAAAUUGAUUUAGCUCAGCGUUAUGAGACAUUAUCGAUACAACUUUUGGAUUUAAUGUAUACGUUGUACACCCGUACCGCCCAAAUAUUCCGCUAUUGGGCUGAAGAAGGUAGUGAAGUUCCUCAAUUCUCUGGUCCAAGAUUAUGGGCUCAAGGCUGGUGUCCUCUGUUGCAAGGCAUAGCACGUUUGGCAACCGACCGUCGCCGGGAGGUGCGCACCUACGCAAUUUCUUGUUUACAACAACGAGCUUUAUUGGUACAUGAUCUGCAGACACUCUCUGGUAGUGAAUGGGCUUCUUGUUUCCAUCAGGUUUUAUUCCCUCUAUUAAACGAGCUGUUACCUGAUAGUCCAGCUGUAGCGCAUUUGGAUUGUGUGCUUUUAGAGGAAUCACGUAUACGUACUGCCACCAUUAUGUCUAAAGUAUUUUUGCAUCAUUUAAAUCCUUUAAUUGAAUUGGGCGAGGUCUUUAACGAACUUUGGAUAAAUAUAUUGGAUUAUAUAGAGAAAUUCAUGCAAGUCGGGUCGGACAUGCUGUCCGAGCAGAUGCAGGAGAUCCUCAAAAAUAUGCUGCUAGUUAUGCACUCGGUACGCGUGUUUCAUAACCAAGAUGGAAGUUUACAUUUGGCUUUGUGGCAACUGACUUGGAAACGUAUUGGGGAUUUUCUACCGAAUUUAAAAGAUGAAUUAUUCCACGACGAAGAAAGUAAUCGAACACAAGUAAUGGCGCACAUUAAAAACAACAUCAACACUGCUUUAACAUCACAAAAAUCUACGAUAACAACAAUGGCAACAACAACAACAACAACAGCUAUGAGCAAAAAUUUAAACAACAACAGCCACAUUAACAAUUUGACGCCAUCAGUAAUUGUUUUGCCGCAACAAAAUCAACAAAUCGCAGAGCAAACGUCACCGUUGAAUUCACCUAUGGAAUCACCCCGACAUAGCAUAAUUUUACAACCACCGAGUGCAGAUUUGCUGCAGCAACCCAUUAUUUUAGGUCAGAUACCUCCUACUCAAUUAGAAAAUAUGCCAUUUAUAGUCCCUUACCAGGAAACUACAAUUUCACAAAUGACUAAUCCGGAGCUACCCAGUACAUCUAUGGCGUCUUUAAAUAAUCGAACAGACCUUCGCAGCACUCCUGAAAAUGAGUCUACAAUCCCGACAACCACCACUACAAACACUAUAAGAACAAACGUUAGCAGUAGACCCACAUCGUCGCGAACUCAAGGGCGUUCACUUCCAUUAAGUUCGACUUGGAUUGAUAAUGAUAUGAAUAAUAUAUCUACGGGAAACAGUCUUUCCUUUUCCAUAGAAUUGCCGGACACGUCAACUGAUUUAAAUGAUAUGUAUUGUAACCGUCGCCAUUCCGAUGCCAAUCAAAGAAGGCGACGAGCCAAUCAUGAAUCUGAAAAUGAUCAAAAUAAUAUAAAGCAUUUGGUGCGAGAACACUACAAUCACUGCUUUCAACGACACCAGCAAUAUCAAGAGCAAGAGCAACAAAAAACCCAACAACAAAAGGAAGCGUCGAAUACGUCCAGCAGAUUGGAUACGUCUACUAGUCUAUUGAACUCAUCUUUGCUUGGUGGUGAUGAGGUUCUUACACUGGCGGAGAGCGAAAGUGAAUUUAUGGCACUUCAAGGUGUUGAAGAAGAUGUUAAGUUGCCAUUGAGUCACUUAACGACGAGCAAUGCUUACCCAUCUUUGACAAAGCAACCUAAUCCCGUUAUUGUGCAUAGUUUUACACCGCUCUUUGUGCCGCCUUCAGCUGCGCAAAGCGGCACUGAUAUCUACGAGGAAUAUGUGCAAAAUCCUUACAAUUUGACGUUGCAACAAACACCGUUGCCAGAAGUUAGCUUGGUAAGUAUAGAACAGUCUCAUCGUGAAACGGAACAAAUAGUACAACAAUUUGAGCAACGCGACCGACAACAUGAGCAGGCACACCAACCGCAACCAGAACAAGAGCAACAGGAUCGAAGGCAUCCACGGCCGCCAGCAAUAACUAGAAGUCAAACUCCCAACAUUUUAAAUUAUUUUACGAAUACAAUUUAACCAAAUUCUGUACCACUGGAUUAGAGAAUUUGUUAUAGAUAAUUAUGAAAUCUUCAUCACUGUUUUCAAUCUUCUGUUUACUUUAUUUUUUGGUUUAUUAAUGUUAAAGAGGGUGGAAUUUUGGAAUUUUGGAAAGGUAUCGAUCGCCCUAUGAUGAACAUUCCGCCCUACCUUUUGUUGAUUUGCAAGAAUACAUUCUCAAGAGUUACGAUUUGUUUCAUAACUAAAUAAUCUCUGGUUUGCGAGGAGAGAAAUAUUUAAUCAAAACGAUGUGUGUGCAUUAAAACAUUAGUUAUGAACAAAAAAUAUUAAAUGAAAUACGAUCGUAUGUAAAUAGAAAGAAACUGUCAAAUA